AUGAUUGGAUCCGGCACUUACAGAUCGAACAAUGUCAGCAUGAAUCAACCACAACAACUGGUUGGACCCAAUAUUUAUGGUUUAGACGACCUUAACAAAAAUGAACAGCAGAUGAUUGGACCCAAUGUUGGCGAGUUGCACCAGGUCAACAGGAAUAAAAAACAUCAAACAAUUGGAGCCAACGUACAACAAGUGAUUGGAUCCAAUGUUUACAAAUCGAAUCAGAUCAAUUUAAACCAACAGCAGCAAGAGAUUGGAUCCUUAAACAAGGUGAACAAGAACCAGCUACAAACUAUUAGACCAGACAUUGAGGAAUUACAACAGCAACAAACUAUUAGACCCAAUGCUGACAUAUUAAACCAGGUCAGCAUGAAUCAACAAGAAGGAACAAUUGGACAUGCUUUGGAUCAGUUGGAGCACGUCAAAAUAAAUCAACAACAUCAAAUAGUUGGACCUGACAUUUUUGGAUUGAAUCAAGACAGUGCGAGUCAACAAAAAAUGAUUGGGUCCAACAUAUCAAACCAAGUUAAUGGCUAUGGAAUGCAGCAAACGAUUGCAACAAAUGAUUAUGGACUGAAUGAGUCUAUCUUGAACAAUGCCGCAAAUUUGAAUAUGAUGAAGAACCGAUUAUCUAAGCCAGAUAAUAUGGUUAAUCUUAUGACGGUUAAUAAAAAAUAUGAGUAUGGGUCAAACAACAAUAUUAAUGUAAGCUUCAACAACAACCAACCUGGGAUAAGCUCCAAUGACGCAUGUAGAUCGACGAAUAUGAGCUUCGACGAUCAAUUGGGAAUUGCUUUUAGUGAUUUCUUUGGUUCAGACAACACUGGAAAUUAUUUGAUGGGUUUCGAGAAUCAGCCAAGAGUUAAUUUUUGGAGCAUCCCUUGUGGAUCAAACAUGGAAACCUUGGGUAUGAAUAAUCAGUCUGGUAUGAACUUCAGUGAAAUGAGAAACUUAAGCAUUGACAAUCCGUCUAUGGGAAGUCUCACUGAUGAAUUUGGAUCAAGUAUUAAGAUGAUAGACAGUGGAUUAAACAAUCAAUUUGGAUUUGAAGACAUGGUGGACAUGAGAUUAAUAGAUGAUUAUGGGGCAUUCAAUAAAGUUUUUUAUGUUAACUUCUGUGGUAAAGAUGGGUUGAGCUCUAUUGAAAGUGGGAGCGUAAACAUGAGUAAAAAGCAGAACAACAUAAUAGCAGCUAGUAUGAGGGCUGGCAGUGGAUCGAACAACAUAAUAGCUGAAGGAAGUUUUAAUGACAAGAGCAAGUCAAAUGCUAAGAAAAAUAUAACGUUGAACAAUGACGAUGAGUUCAACAGCAUGGGUAAUAAGCUCUUUAAUAAUCAAAAUGGCUUAGGCAUGGAAAAUACAAGUUAUUUCGAAGAAUAUGGAUUAGGGAGCAUGAGUUUUGUGGAUGACUUUGGGCAACAGAACAUAAACUUUUUAGACAUGCAGCAUCAAUUUGGAUCAAAAGAGUUUGGGAAUAUGAUAAGGGAAAAUGAAUUUGGAUAUAAGAGAAUGACAACUAUAAGAUCAAAUGAUGAACAUGAGGCUCAAGAUAAGGGAAAUCAAAGUUCAACUGAUCAAUUUUGGCUUUCUGAAUUCAAUUUGGAUGACAAAAGUUUUGGUGGAAUUGAAGAAAUAUUGAAAGAUUUCAAAAAGAAAAACUAA